CAUCGAGUCGUAUCGAAACGUCCGGGCCGGCACACAGUUACUCGCGGACUCGAUAACUGCGCGCACACACGCAACGCGGCCCACCCGGUGUGUUAAAUAAUAUCAAUCAUAAUACAUCAAAUCUGUCGUACGGAUAAUAUUAUUUGUCGGAUGCCGACAACCGUCUCGUCGUCGCCCAUCAGCACCACCGAUCGGUCCACGAAACUUUCCGCGAAAUUGUGAUCGUCGGCAUGAAGACGACCGUCGCAGUAGCCAUCGCGCUGUCUCUGUGCGGAGUGCUUCCGUUCGUCGCACGUCCGGCAGUCGCCUUACCGGUAGCUGCAGAUGAACAAAAUGAAAGUUUGACGACUGCCAUAGAGGACUCUACCACUAUCAAACCUCUUGAGCCCACGACCGAGAAUGUGGUUCAGACCACUGCUGAACCAGAAGUAGGCACGACCGAAUAUGUGGUCCAGACUACCACUGAAUCAGAAGUAGGCACGACCGAGUAUGUCGAGAUCACUACUAAACCUAUAUCUGAUACCUCAACCAACAUUGAAGUCCAGACCACCGCCGAACCAGAAGUAAGCACGACCGAGUAUGUCGAGAUCACUACUGAACCUAUACCUGAUACCACUAUCGAAAAUGUGGUCCAGACCACCACCGAACCACCGCCGGAAGAAACCAGCAGUAGCACGGAAGUUAGUAUACCAACAACGAUGGAACCAGAAAAAAAUGUAGAGGACGGCAACAACACGAUGCCAGCAGAAGUAGUCAAGGACAAGCUAAGCGAGCAGAUCAGAAAAAUCCUGAGACACUACCAGCGACCUGACCCUGUUGGGUUUCCAGGCGCCCCGAUUCCCGAUCCACUUAGCAUACCUCCAAUGAACAAAGAUUUUGGUAUGGUAUUCAUGACGUUCAAAAACAUGACCGUACACGGAUUGUCAAAGUUUAAAGUGGAGCACGUCAAUACGGACUUAAAAAAUAUGCGAGUGUACGUGCUAUUGAAAAUCAAACGGAUGUACGUACUUGGAAACUACACAAUGAGAUCGUGGCUGAGCCGACCGGCGGCUGGUCCGUUCAACGUGACGCUCAUCGACGUGGAAGCCGCCGCGGAGGCUGCGCUGGAACCGGACGAGGACGGCGUGCUGCAGGCCACCGACACCGAGAUGGACAUGCAGUUCAAGGACUGCGAGUUGGACUUCAAAAAUCUCGGAUUCGGCGCUUCCAUGUUACAGGGCGUCAUCAGCACGAUGGGGUCGGUGCUGUUCGAGGGCAUCAAGCCGUUCAUCAUCAACGAGGUGAACACCAACCUGCGGGCGGACGUCAACGCCCAGGUGAAGGCCAUCACUAGCAAGCUGCCCAAGCUCACGAUGCCGGUGCCGGACAUGGCGGUGGCCGAGGGCCGGGCGUACGUCCGGCGGAUGGGUUUCGACCCGUACCACAUCGCCGACCGGCACAUCAAGGAGGGGCCGCUUAACUUCACGAUCACCGAGCUCACCAUCGCCGGGCUGUCCAACUUCCAGCGGGUGGGCGACAUCGGGCUGCAAGUCCGCGGCCCCGUCCUUCAGCUGGCCGUGCACGUCAUCACCGGCUCGGUAAACGGGUCGCUGAGGUGGAGCUACCAGCUGGGCCUGGUCAAGACGUUCGGCCGGACGGGCGUGUCCAACUUCACGGUGGACCACAUCCAGGUCCGGGCGCUGGUCAACCAGACGCUGGACAUCCGCAACAAACCGGUGCUGGAGAAGCUGGACAUCGAGGUGGGCAAGAUCGAGGUGCAGAUGGACCGGAAGGAGCCGCUCGACUACGUCAUCGAGAUCGCGGUCAAUUCGUUGCCGUCGCUAUUGCGGCACAUCAUAGUAGACGCGCUCGAGGAACCCAUCAAGAUGAAAGUGCAGACCAUACUGGACGACGUUAAGGUCGAGAAGCUGGUCGAGGACAGGCUGCCCGAACUCGACCGGUUGGCGGGUGAUGAAACGACCACUGCCUCGCUCACCACGCCCCGUCCAUCCUUAUCGUCGUAGGUCCUUUUCGAUUCGCCUACGUCAAAUCCUGGGCCUAGAAUUUUACAUUAAAUGUACAAAACAUAUUAUCUUAUGCUUAAGGUAUACGUUAUUGAAACCAUCGCCGGCCACUUCGACAAAUUAUCUACAAUAUACAUCACACGUCUUAUGAAUUACCUCAUCGUGUAUGUAUACUGUAUUAUGUAUACUGUAUGAUUCGUCAUUUGGAAUUUUCUAUACAUAUUUUAUUAUUGCGAAACGUAUAUAAGUAUACAUUUCAUUUCGAUGUUUGUUUAUUAUCUAUCACGAUUGUAACAUCCCGCCUAAUAUAAUAAUAUGUGUAACUGUACGGACAUUGUAUUUGUGUGUAAUUUUAUCUCUAGGUAUUUCAUCAUUUGCAAUUAUGAAAUAUAUGGGUCAUAUUAUACUGAGA